CACACCUGGAGCUCAGCGGCGGUGACACCCAAACUCCCCACUUCUACCGCGGUCGCCUCGGCGCCUAUUUAGGUCCCGGGAUAAGGAUGGAUCGGGACCCUAAUGCUUCUUGCUGCUUCCAUCUCCUCGUAAUCCGGCCACCAUGGUACACGAGACAAGAUCACGAACGCAUGCGACUGAAGAAGGGAAGGCUGCCCCCAAAAGGCAGAAGGCAGAAAACAAAGAGCAGGAAGGGGGGCAGCAGGGGCCCUCCAAGAACAAGUCAGAUGAGCCAGAGGUUCCGGCAAAAAACAAGAAGCUCAAAGGUGAGGAAUCUGAGCUAAAUGGGAAGGAAAAUGCCACGAAAGAGUUCACAGACUUCUGCAAGGCCAUAAGGGAACACCUCUCUGUUGAGGACAUGCGCAAGAUCCUUGAAGCUAAUGAGCAAGAUGCUUCUGGAUCAGAAGAUGCCGUUGUUCCAAGCUGUGAGGAUAUGAUAUUUUAUGGACCUUUGGAGAAGUGCCCAAUAUGUAGUGGUCAGCUUGAGUGUAAAGGGUGGAAAUACAAGUGCAAAGGGAAAUACAGUGAGUGGGCAAGCUGCAUUUUCAGCACCAAUAAACCUCCAAGGAAAAGUGGUUCUAUAAAGGUCCCGGAUAACAUUAGCAAUGAUUUCGUAAACAAGUGGCUGAAGCAACAGGAAGGGAAGGGGUACCCAAAACGUGAUAUGGAUGAGAAUGCCCAUAUCUUCUCGGGAAUGAUGAUUGCGUUGUCUGGGCGGAUGUCACGCUCCCACGCUUACUUCAAGGAGCAGAUUCUGAAGCAUGGAGGAAAAGUGAAUAAUUCUGUGCUUGGUGUCACAUGCGUAGUCGCUUCUGCAGCCGAAAGAGAUAGAGGUGGCUCAGGAGGAUUUGCUGAAGCACUGGAGCGUGGUACCCCUAUUGUUAGUGAGAACUGGAUAGUUGAUAGCAUCCAGAAGAAGGAAGCUCAGCCUUUGGAUGCUUAUGAUAUUGUAUCUGAUGUUGUCCCAGAAGGCAAAGGACUGCCACUUAACAAGCUUGAUCCAAGCGAGGAGGCCAUUGAGACUUUGGCAGCAGAGCUGAAACUUGCUGGCAAAAGAUCAGUGCAUAAGGACUCUAAACUGGACAAAGAUGGUGGGUGUAUCUUUGAGAAAGAUGGCGUCAUCUACAAUUGUGCCUUUUCGGUGUGCGAUCUGGGAUCCGAGAUGAACCACUUUUGCAUUCUGCAGCUGAUCAUGGUACCUGAAAAACACUUACACCUUUACUACAAGAAGGGUCCAAUUGGCCAUGACCAGAUGGCAGAGGAACGUGUUGAAGAUUUUGGUAGCCGCGUCAAUGAUGCAGUUAAGGAAUUUGUUCGUCUAUUUGAGGAGGAGACUGGAAAUGAGUUUGAGCCAUGGGAGAGAGAAAAGAAGUUUGCGAAGAAAAGUAUGAAGAUGUACCCUUUGGACAUGGAUAUUGGAUUUGACGUGCGUCAUGGAGGUGCAGCACUUCGUCAGUUGGGAUCUGCAGCAGCACACUGCAAGUUGGACCCUGCCGUCUCUUUUCUUAUAAAGCAGUUGUGCAGCCAAGAAAUAUACAGGUAUGCACUGACAGAGAUGGCUCAGGAUCUGCCUGAUCUUCCAAUCGGGAUGCUUACAGAUGUCCAUUUGAGGAGAGGAGAGGAAGUGCUACUUCAGUGGAUCCGAGAUGCGGAGCCGGCACCGGAAUCUCCCCCUGCUGCUGAUGCAUACUGGAUAGAAAUAAGCAACAAGUGGUUCACCCUGUUCCCCACAACUCGUCCGUAUACAAUGAGGGGAUUUGAACAGAUCGCUGACAAUGUGGCAUCUGGCUUCGAGACGAUACGUGAUAUAAAUGUUGCUUCUCAUCUUAUAGGAGAUAUUUCUGGCUCAACCUUAGAUGAUCCACUGUCUGAAUGCUACAAGAAACUCGGUUGUUCAAUCAACUGUGUUCCUGAAGAUUCAGAGGAUUACAAGAUGAUUGUCAAGUAUCUCCAGAAAACAUAUGAACCUGUGAAGGUUGAUGAUGUGGUUUAUGGUGUGUCUGUUGAUCGUAUAUAUGCUGUUGAGUCCAGUGCAUUUCCUUCCUAUAGUGAAAUGAAGAAAUUACCAAACAAAGUUCUUCUUUGGUGUGGAACUAGAAGCUCAAACUUGCUUAGGCAUCUGCAUAAAGGUUUCCUCCCUGCUGUUUGCCAUCUACCUGUCCCUGGAUACAUGUUUGGUAAAGCAAUAGUCUGUUCGGAUGCGGCAGCAGAAGCUGCUCGUUAUGGCUUCACGGCAGUCGACCGUCCAGAAGGGUACCUGGUCUUGGCAGUGGCUUCUCUGGGGGAAGAGAUCAAGGAGAUUACAGGCACACCAGGGUCAGAGGAUGUCAAAUCUCUGGAAGAGAAGAAGACUGGCGUGAAGGGGGUAGGGAGGAAGACCACAGACGAGUCGGAGCACUUCACCUGGAGGGAUGACGUUAAGGUGCCGUGCGGCAAGCUGAUACCUUCAGGGAACAAGGACGGCCCGCUCGAGUACAAUGAGUUUGCUGUGUAUGACCCAAAGCAGGUGAGCAUACAGUUCCUGGUCGCAGUGAGGUACGAUGAGCAGAACAUGGAAGUGGUUCCCGAUGAGUGAAGGAUCUGGAGCCUCCAGUGACGACGAUGUCCAGUGGUGGGCAGAUUGAUAGUUCCAUGUAGUCUGCUAGCUUUAGUGGUAGUUACCGUUGCUAGUGGAGCAUUUUGUGGUCUGUGCGGCGAUGCGUUUGCUGAUGGAGGUGGCCUGUGUUCCGUUUUGGGCUGCCUUGCAAUUUCGUCGUCGCCUGUUGGUUGGAACAUGCCAGUAGGGGGAAAUGCUGGUAGUAGCGCUCUUGAUGGAAGGACAUGUAUGUACAGCUGUAGCAGAAUGUAUGGUGUUUACCUUGGGUCUUAGUGUGACCUUGGGCAUGCAUCACGUUUGUACGGAUCUGUGGGUAUCUUAGUGCACUUUAAGUUCGUUC